AUGACGUAUCGCAGUCACAAACGCAAGGUGCCCAAGGAACGCCAGGUGGCCGGCUGGAAGGCCGCCCUCAACAACCCUUCGACGAGCUCAGAUGGACGAUGGCACGCGCGCAAAAUGCUACUGAUGAAGGGUCACAUCGGAGACGCUCUCUUCACACACGCCUCCAUGGGUACCAGGGUCAGAAGGGUACUCGGAUUGAGGGCGAAGCGUAGUGGCUAG